CAACAGUUGCGUUCCGUAUACUUCAGGGGAGACCACGAAACAAAGACAGUUACUGAGAGAAAGCGACGGGAAUAUGUUUAGUGGAACAAGAAUUGUACUAAUUCAGUAUUAUUUGGCAAGAGAACCAUCCAUACUCCCAUACUGUGUAUAAGCUGCAGCAGCGAUGGCGGUGACCUACGACAAGGCGGCGCGCGUGCUGUUCUGGGGCGGCGUGAGCUCCGUCCUGGCCUCGCUCUUGGCCUUCCUCGGCCUCGCCUCCUGGUGGCCGACCUUCCUCGCCUCCUGGUCCCUGGCAGGUGCCGCGUACCUCACGCUCGCCAGUUUCAAAGUUUUCCCCGUUGGAAAAGCGGUGCUGAUCACUGGCUGCGAUUCCGGAUUCGGAUACGCCACGGCCCUCUUUCUUGACCAGAUGGGUUUCCGCGUGUUUGCCUGCUGCCUCCUGGCGGACGGGGGCGGCGAGGGCGCCCAGAGGCUGCGGCGCGAGGGGUCCCGCCGCCUCCACGUCCUGCAGAUGGACGUGACCCAACAGGAGCAGAUCGACAGCGCUCUCCGCAGCGUGAAGAAGCUCCUGCCGCCUGGAGAGGUCCUUUGGGGUUUGGUGAACAACGCAGGUGUGAGUCAGUACGGCGCGGUGGAGUGGGUCUCGAUGGACGAUUACAGGAACAUUUGCGAAGUCAACCUUUUCGGGACCAUCGCCGUGACGAAAGCCUUCUUGCCUCUUAUCAGAAGUGCUAAAGGUCGGGUGGUGAACGUGGGCAGCGUGCGCGGCAGGAUGGCCUCGCCGCUCGGAGCCGCCUACGAGGUCUCCAAAUACGGCGUCGAGGCCUUCAGCGAUGUCCUGAGACAUGAAAUGAGAAGGUUCUGUGUUGACGUGUCCAUCGUUGAACCCGGAAAUUUUACUCUGGGCACCAGCAUCUUCACGGAGGAAAGCAAUCUUCGCUGUUCCCAGAAGAUGUGGCAGGCGAUGGCUGACGGCGUGAAGGCGGAUUAUGGAAAAGACACUUUCGACGAAGCUCUGAAGCGCCAGUUGCUGACCUCGAAGUCCGGGGACAGGGACGUGACCGAGGUUUCGGAGGCGAUCGCCGAGGCGCUGACGCAGCGGUUUCCGCAGGGCCGCUACCAGCCGAUGCAGCUCUUCUAUUACGUCAUGGUGUUCGUGAGCCAGCACUUCCCGGAGUGGGUCUACGACUACUUGUACAUCGAGUACUUGCUGAAGUAUUAUUUUCUCAGUGGACAAGGUAAAAUCCGUGGAGCAUGAAAGGGAUGGCUGUAGUCAAUGACUCAAACCUGGAAAUACUUUAGCAACGGGAACACCAUAUGAUUCACAAGGAAAUAUUCGGAACAUGUUUAAUGGACUGUAAAAAAUAUGCUCAAAUGCUUUUAAACUGAGUGAGUGAGUGUGAGUGUGAGUGU